AUCUGUCAGCAUGCCUCCAAAGCAAACGUCCAAGACUGGCCGAGGUCAGACCAAAGCUACCACUAAAAAACCAACAAAGGCCUCUGAACCUGAACCUGAACCUGAACCGCCGUCGAGCAAUCCAUUCGAGAUAUCCGACGAUGAUGACGACCAAGCUGGACCCUCAACACGCGAAGUCCAGGUGGUCGAGGAAGAAGAACCUGAUAAGACGAUCCCGGCGGAGCUUCUGACACGGUUACUGCACGAGUUCUUUUCCAAAGAUGCGACGCGGAUAUCGCGAGAUGCCAACGCUGCAGCGGGCAAGUACUUCGAUGUGUUUGUGAGGGAAGCGAUUGCGCGCGCGGCUGUCGAGAAGGAGGCUGGGUUUCUAGAAGUUGAUGACCUGGAGAAGAUCUCGCCUCAGCUGCUACUGGACCUCUAGACAGAAACUCGCUAUCAAGCCUCUGCUGUUAUUCAGUGAGAGAGUCCGUUUUAGCUGCACGAACAGCUUAUAGCUCUGAGGGCAUCAAGAGGUUCCUAGGCGUCGAAUACAUAACGAUAUGGCUUGGGUUUUGCCUAUCGUAUAAUAGGCGAUAGCUGCAAUUAGCUAUGCACCUAGCUAGACCUUGUGCAUAUAAACCUCACCGUCUCAACCAGCUACCCGAUGUAGUCAUGAUGAGAUCAACACCUUGGAACGCUUAGUUGCAAAAGACAACAUCGACAUUGGCGCUUGCCGAAACACAAGCAGUAGUUACCAUCGAAGACGCGUUUAGAAGGUUGCGCUAUAUGUUAAUGCGCACGGUAGAUCCAGUCAUGGCUGUUUGGAUGGCUGUUUGGAUGGCUGUUUGGAUGGCUGGUCGAAAAUGUCAUAAACGUACAGUACACUGGGAGAGCGAUCCAACGGCAUGUUGCUGUUAGCCAUGGUAUUUCCAUGUUUCUACAGCACAUGAAAUCCAGAGUGCAGAACGAUAUAAAUAUGAAUAAUAGGCU